GGAGGGGCGGGGCGGAGCGGAGUCGUCCGCAGAGCAGCCCCUCCCGGCCGCGGCCGCCAACCCCGGCCCCCGGCCCCCGGCCCCCGGCCCCCGGCCCGGCUCUAUGGACAGGAGCUCGCUGCUGCAGCUUAUCCAGGAGCAGCAGCUGGACCCUGAGAACACAGGAUUCAUCGGUGCAGAUACCUUUACUGGCCUGGUGCACAGCCAUGAGCUGCCCCUGGACCCGGCUAAGCUGGACAUGCUGGUGGCCCUGGCCCAGAGCAACGAGCAGGGCCAGGUCUGCUAUCAGGAGCUGGUGGACCUGGUCAGUGCCACAGUGGGUGGGCAGCUGGGGCGGGGCCCAGGCCUGGACAGGCACGGUGCCCUGGCUGGAGUGGGGUGGGCAGGCAGCUGCUCCUCCCUGCCCUUCCUGUUGGGGAGGGCUGGAGACGUGGGGCAGGCCCUCAGACCCUGUGAGGACCUGGGGGGACCGCUCAGGCAGGGCGGCAGUGGGGGGAGUACGGCGGCCUAUGCCCGGGCCCCACCCCCCCAGAUCAGCAGCAAGCGCUCAAGUAGCUUCAAGCGGGCCAUCGCCAACGGACAGCGGGCACUGCCCCGGGAUGGGCUGCUGGACGAGCCGGGCCUGGGUGUCUACAAACGGUUUGUGCGCUACGUUGCCUACGAGAUCCUGCCCCGAGAGGUGGAUCGUCACUGGUACUUCUACCGGCACCGCAGCUGCCCACCCCCCGUCUUUAUGGCCUCAGUCACCCUCGCCCAGAUCAUCGUGUUCCUGUGCUAUGGGGCCCGACUCAACAAGUGGGUGCUGCAGACCUACCACCCAGAGUACAUGAAGAGCCCCCUCGUAUACCACCCCGGCCACCGCGCCCGUGCCUGGCGCUUCCUCACCUACAUGUUCAUGCACGUGGGGCUGGAGCAACUGGGGUUCAACGCGCUCCUGCAGCUGAUGAUCGGGGUGCCCCUGGAGAUGGUGCACGGCCUGCUCCGCAUCAGCCUGCUCUACCUGGCUGGUGUGCUGGCAGGCUCCCUGACUGUCUCCAUUACUGAUAUGCGGGCCCCUGUGGUGGGGGGCUCCGGCGGGGUCUACGCCCUGUGCUCUGCACACCUGGCCAAUGUCGUCAUGAACUGGGCUGGGAUGCGGUGUCCCUACAAGCUGCUGAGGAUGGUGCUGGCCCUGGUGUGCAUGAGCUCCGAGGUGGGCCGGGCCGUAUGGCUGCGUUUCUCCCCACCACUGCCUGCCUCCGGCCCACAGCCCAGCUUCAUGGCGCACCUGGCGGGCGCGGUGGUGGGUGUCAGCAUGGGCCUGACCAUCCUGCGCAGCUACGAGGAGCGCCUUCGAGACCAGUGUGGCUGGUGGGUGGUGCUGCUUGCCUAUGGCACUUUCCUGCUCUUCGCCAUCUUCUGGAACGUCUUUGCCUACGACCUGCUGGGGGCCCACAUCCCCCCCCCACCAUGACAGGACCCCCAGGGCCACGUCGGCCAGGGUGCAGCAUCCACGGGCCAGCCACCCGGCAGGCCUGCAUGUCCACCCUCUGUGAAUGUACAUCCCGAGGCUGCUGCUUCCCUGUGGGGGCAGGUGGCCCCUGUGGCCCGUGGAGUCCAGAUCAAGCCUUACACCAGCCCUAGCUGCCCCCUCCCAGGCCUGGGAGGGUAGGACUGCUGGGCCGCGCCAGGUGGUAGAGGUCCCCAAGGGUGACCUCAGAGGAGACCCUACCCCGGCCUCUUCCCCAAGACUUGCAGUCUGAGCCUUUUUGGAGAAUGAAUAAAUAUUUUACACAGCGUCAGGCGGCUGUA